AAACAGAUGCAGAAUCAUGCUCGUUGGACAUAAAGUUGUACUUUCUUUAUCCAAUUAUACCGCAAACCACCGAUUGCCCUAUUAGGCUAUGGCACAGAACGGGACGACAGAAAACGGACUGCCGCAAAAUCUCAUUCCACCUCCUUUGCCUCAACCUUGUAAGAUCUCAGAGAUCAAACAUACUAAGAUUUUUAUCAACAACGAAUGGCAUUCCUCGUUAAAAGGAAAGACGUUUCCGACGUUUAAUCCGGCAACAGGUGUCAAAAUCUGUGAAAUCGAAGAAGCGGAUAAAGCUGAUGUAGAUAAGGCUGUGGACGCCGCAAAAGCAGCUGGGAAGAGGGGAUCGACGUGGCGAAGGAUGGACGUGUCGAGCCGGGGGCGACUACUGCACAAACUGGCCGAUCUGCUGGAGAGGGACCGAUGUCUGCUCGCUACUAUGGAGACUAUGGACACUGGGAAGCCUUUUCUGCAGUCAUUUUUUGUCGAUCUCGAUGGAAGUAUCAAGACCCUGAGGUACUACGCUGGCUGGGCCGAUAAGAUUCAUGGCAAAACGAUGCCCGUGGAUGACAAUUUCAUGUGCUUCACCAAACACGAGCCCGUCGGUGUGUGUGGAGCGAUCAUUCCUUGGAACUUUCCUCUGCUGAUGUUCAUGUGGAAGAUCGCGCCAGCCUUGUGCUGUGGAAACACAGUGGUCAUCAAGCCCGCCGAGCAGACCCCGCUCACGGCCCUCUACACCGGUGCGCUUAUCAAGGAGGCGGGCUUUCCUCCAGGAGUGGUGAACAUCGUACCCGGCUUCGGGCCAACAGCCGGAGCCGCCAUCGCCGGCCACAUGGGCAUCGACAAAGUGGCCUUCACCGGCUCCACAGAGGUGGGUCAGCUGAUCAAAGAGGCGGCGGCCAAGAGCAACCUGAAAAGAGUGACUCUGGAGCUGGGAGGAAAGAACCCCUGCAUUGUGUUUGCCGACGCAGACCUGCCAUUAGCAGUGCAGGAGGCCCAGAAGGGGGCGUUCUAUAACCAGGGUCAGUGCUGCACAGCUGCCUCCCGUGUGUUCGUAGAGGAGUGCGUCUACGACGAGUUUGUGAGACUCAGUAUUGCAAGCGCCAAACAAAUCACAGCUGGGGAUCCCAUGGACCCCUGCACAUCACAUGGGCCUCAGAUUGACCAGCAGCAGUUUGACAUGAUUCUCGAGCUGGUGGAAAGCGGUAAGAGAGAGGGCGCCCGGCUGGAGUGUGGAGGCUAUGCGCUGCAGGACAAGGCCCUGUUCAUCCAGCCCGCCGUCUUCUCGGACGUCAUAGACCACAUGCGCCUAGCAAAAGAGGAGGUCUUCGGGCCAGUGCAGUGCAUAAUGAAAUUUAAGAACCAGGAGGAAGUGAUCGAAAGAGCGAACAGCACGCACUACGGCCUGGCCGCUGCGGUGUUCACACGCAGCGUGGAGCGAGCGAUGCGCGUGUCCUCGGCGCUGGAGGCAGGGACUGUCUGGGUGAACUGCUACAAUGCCCUCCACGCUCAGGCUCCCUUUGGGGGCUAUAAGAUGUCAGGAAACGGACGAGAGCUUGGGGAGUAUGCGCUGGCUGAGUACUCUGAGGUGAAAGCCAUCACCAUCAAGCUCAACGAUCAGCUGACUGUGUGAGGGAUGUCACCGUCUUUUGGUUUCCCACAUCCAGCAAACCCCACACACCAACGAUCCAAUCAGAGCGGGCCUUGUACCCGUGACUAAAGAGACGGGUGGGGGAGGGACAAUUUUAGAGACCUACAAAACUCCUAUGUCAUGAUGAACCUUCUCAAUGAAAUGCCUUCUCACAUUCCAACUCUUCUGGUUCCAGCUUUUAAAAAAUCUGUUAGAUGUGCUGUACAGAUUCAAACUCGGAAUAAUUUUUAUUUGUAUGAAUCUGGAUGUCUUUAUUUCCAGGAACUAUGAUCAUAGUUCUCUCCUUGUUUGUUUCUAUGUCCCAUUUGUUUGUGUGUUCCUACAUUUCCAAAUUCAAAAACAUCUAGUAUAUAACUUCAUCUGCAUUUCAGGAAAAUAUUCAUACAAAAGUGCCAGAUAUCAUAUUUGAUUGGCUUGAGUUGGUUUUCAUUGACAAAGAUGAUUUUUUUUGUCUACCAUUAAAUCCUGUUACAUAAACUUGGUAUUACAUUUCACUUCCUCCAUUGCAAUAAUUCUAAAGAAACAAGCUGUAAGAGAGUUGGAGAUGAUAAAUGAAGGUUUUUGAUACUGAGUUCCUGUGCCAUAAGUUCAGGACAUGUUCAAUUGAACAUUAACUAGGUUUUGGACAUGUAGUCUUAAACACCUCAAAAAAAGGAAGGUUAUUAUUAUUAUUAUUAUUAUUAUACAUCUGUUGUGACAGAUGUAGGAGAAAACCUAGUGAAGUUACUAUCCUUUGUACUGUACUGUAAUAGAUGUGAUAGGUGUACUGUAAUCGAGGUGUUUUCAAUACUUGGACAUCUUGCUGUAAGCCUUGUUACAUGUGCCUGCCUUUAUAAUUAAAAGUUAAAUGGGAGAAAACAUCUCUAAUGUCAGAAUGUACAUGCAUAUAUUUCAAAAUGUUGAAAAUACAUAUUACUCACUUUGUUGCUUGAAAUGGCUUUUACCUUUUUAAAAGCUGUUAAACUUUUAAAUAAAAUCUUUCUUUAAGUUGA